GACACGCGGCAAUCACAUGGUCAGCGAUCCUAUUAACUCUUUAGGUUACAUCGCUCCAUCUACUACUAGGGCUAAAUUUCCCCAUACUCAGCCGUAAUACGACAUGUCGUGCUGGGAACUAUAACUGAAGGAUGUGAAGGGGUCACUCAUUCCACCCAGCGUAUGUCACCGAUCGGUUCGCCAAUGAUUCAUUGAAGCCUCUCUAUUGACAUUGGUGGUGAGCGGAUUGGUUUUGUCUAGUGUUGGUUUCCCCGGAAGGUAAUUGAGGUGGGACCCAUCGUGUACUGCAGUUAUCAGCAUGAAGAAGGAGCAAGUAGUGAACUGCCAGUUCUCAGUGUGGUAUCCCAGGUUCAAAAGACUCAGCAUCAGGAGUGUUAUUCUACCUCUCCCAGAAAAUGUAAAGGACUAUUUGCUUGAUGAUGGCACCCUGGUGGUCUCUGGAAGGGAAGAUUCUGUUGGAUGUUCCCAGCCAGGCCUCAACAGUGAUGAGGAAGAAGAGGUGGAGUGGUCAGAUGAUGAGAAUACAACCACUCUUACGGCACCAGAGUUUCCAGAAUUUUUAACAAAAGUCCAAGAGGCAAUCAAUUCCCUUGGAGGGAGUGUGUUUCCUAAGCUGAACUGGAGUUCUCCCAGGGAUGCCUAUUGGAUCGCAUUGAACAGCUCAUUGAAAUGUAAAAGUCUGAGUGACAUCUUUUUGCUCUUCAAGAGCUCGGAUUUUGUGACACAUGACUUCACACAACCGUUUCUUCACUGUACAGAUGAUUCCCCUGAUCCUAGUGUGAAGUAUGAGCUUGUUCUCAGAAAGUGGUGUGAGCUCAUUCCAGGUGCAGAGUUCAGAUGCUUUGUUAAAGAAAACAAACUAAUAGGUAUAUCUCAGAGAGAUUACACACAGUAUUAUGAACACAUCUGCAAGCAAAAAGAGGACAUCCGCAGAUCAGUACAGGAAUUUUUCAAAGAAAACAUCCAGUACAAGUUUCUUGAUGAGGACUUUGUUUUUGACAUAUACAGAGACAGUGAGGGCAAAAUAUGGCUUAUUGAUUGUAAUCCAUUUGGAGAAGUAACUGACUCCUUGCUAUUCACUUGGGAAGAACUUAUGAAUGGUCGCGUGCCAGGGGAUGAGGAGGAUAUAGACCAGGACUGCCCUACUUUCCGCUUUACAACCAGUGAAGUCACAGUCCAACCCAGCCCUUACUUGAGUUACCGUUUGCCGAAAGAUUUUAUUGAUCUUUCUACAGGAGAAGAUGCACAUAAGCUUAUUGAUUUACUUAAACUGAAAAGGAAUCAACAAGAAGAGGACUCAGAUGAAUAGGCUGUUAAUCCUUAAUCCACAGAGUCUUUGUCCCGAUCUUGGCUGUGCAGCAAUCCCUGGACAUAUGCAACACAACCAGAAGGAAACCUUUUUAUAUCAAAAGUGCUUUGUCUUUAGUCUCAUGUUCCUCCCCUCUUAUAUGUCAAAUAAUGUCAGUUUUUUUGUUUUUGCAUAAGAGUGAGCUGCUGCAGUUCAGUCUAAUGCUUUUACUUCCAGUUCAGUCCUUUCAGUAUACGUUUAGACUUGUGGCAGUAAACUUUUGCUCCUGUCAUUCAUUGGUAGGCAUCAGUCUGAAGUUCAUGUCAGAAAUGUUACUGUAUAAUGCUUUCCAUAUUUCCUCACCCAUUAUUAGCCAUGGAUAAUAAACGGAUAUAUCUUGCCUUCCUUGGUACUUCUAAUAAACUAUAUUUCUGUUA